CACAGGUGUUGCAGAAAUGAAAACACAUCCAGCACUCUGCAGGUUCUUCACAUGUUCUCCAGGGAGCAUGUUCUCCAAGGAGAUCAAAUCAGUGAACAUUUUUAUUAUUCCUAACCUAAUAAUAAAUAAAUGAUGCGUGCAUGUGUACUUCACAAGGUGUUUCCUGCAAAAAAGUGCAUGUGGUAAGAUGCCUAUAAACUGCCCCCUGAGGAUGGAAACUGAGGGUGGUGGAUGCAUUAUGUAGAAGCCCGAUAAUGGCGAGCCCCAGGGACGUGACCACGAAGAAGAUCCGCACAGAGUACAUGAAGAAGUUCCGCGAGCCCAAAUGGGAGACGUUCUCCAAAUGCUACCAGGACUCUGUAAAGUACAGGCUGAGCCGCAGGUUGAUGGAGCACACACACCGGCCGCUGUUCGGGGAUGGCUGGGACAGUGGCUCGGACUCCAGCGGAAGAUCCAGUCCUAAGAUCAAAGGAGCGGUGGACUCCUCAAACCCGCAGCCGUCCUCCUCAGAGAGCGCCAGGACGCCGAGGGUCAACGCCGAGCAGGACACGGACAACACGGUGCACGACUCACUACCUGUAGAGAACGGGUACCACCACGUCACAGCUAACGGUCCAUCAGAGCUUCUGGUGAGACAGAGACACCGAGCUCCUCGGUCCAAACCCAGUUUCCCUCAGCUUGAGCCUGACACGGACGAGUCCACCGACUCCACGCUGAGAAAACCGACCCGAGCCAAGAGCCAGCCACCGGCCGGCGCUACAGAGAGGACCUCCAACCGCGAUAACAGACGCCCAAAUAUCCGCUAUGACUGGGCCGAGAGGAGCAUGGAAGCCAGGGAACGGAGGAGGCUCAACAUGAAAGGCUCAGCAUCUGCUGGAGAGAUCCACUUGGACGACGUCACGGUGCAGACGCGGCGUGAUUCUGAAAAAUGUGGAAAGGUUUCGGAGCGCCGGCGAGCGAGAUCGGCUGAUCUGGAGAAGUUGCAAGGGUCUGAGCUUUCUACAGCGGAUGAUCGCUGGACUACUGAGUACAUGCGCUGUUUCUCGGCUAGAAUGAGCUGUUGCCUCAAUCAUGGUCCAGACCACGAUGACUCGAAAAGGCUUCCGUUGUACAUAUAGCCUGAAACUCAGGACACAUAACGCUUUGUUGUGUUAUAAACAUUGCGUCUCGAACAUCGACUUUCACUGCCCACGUUCACACAGAGGAAUUGAGGAAAAGGACAGUUCGAAUACCCACAGGAGUUCUUGAUCCAACCUUCGAUGAGCAGGGUGUGUAUUUAAAACAGAUCUGUGUGGAAAGAUUUGUUCAAACGACAACAUAUGAUAACAGAUUUGCUCCUUUACUACGACCUCUGGUUUGCUCUGUUAGCUUUGCUAGCAGGAACCUGAUAAAGAAACAAAUUCCUGUGGCAAAACCUGGACACUUCUAACGCUACAGUCCCUUACACAGCAUGUCUCAAAAAGGAACAAGAACAUUUAUCUUGGAUGGAAGUCUAUUCUUGGCUUUUGUUUAAGAAUGAAACGGGUGAAGAGGAUAUCACAGGUUACACGUCUAGAUCUCAAACCAGCAUCAGGGAACAUUUUAAAAGCUUUCAUUUGACCAAAACGUAACCUAAAGUUUUUUAAUAAUAUUCCUUUUAUAAAGAUCUGUAAGUUUGUAUGUCUCUAGUGAUCAUUUUCAAAAAUCUGAAUCUGAACACUUUAUUGACCCCUUAGGGAAAUUGUUUGUUUGCAGUAGUUCACAGUAAAAGAUCAAAGAUUAAAGUAAAAGAAAAAGAGAAAAAACAUAUAUUAAAAAUAAUUUUAUAUAAUAUAUUUUAUUAAAAUGUUGACUAGAAGUGGGACAGUAACGUUACACUUCUGAUACUCUAAUCAGCUUAUAUUCGUGACUCGCCAUGUUUUAUCGCUAACCAGGAAAAAAGAAAGAAAAUUCCCACAUCCAAUAAUUUCACUAUUCCGAUUAUUAUUUAAAAAAGUCUUGUGAUUGUUUGUGGUUUGUCCAAACCUCUAGCGUGUUGUGUAUCGGUGGAUUAUUCAAUAGCAACACAAAGUAAAGCACUGAGUAGAUCAGAAUUGA